GUAAUUGAGAAACAAAACCCUAGGGUCUCCUUCUCCUACAAAAUCCCCAUUUUGAGUUUUUAGUCCAGCCGUUGCCUCAAAAGAUGCAGAUCUUCGUGAAAACCCUGACGGGGAAGACCAUAACCCUAGAGGUUGAAUCAUCUGACACCAUCGACAAUGUGAAAGCGAAGAUCCAAGACAAGGAAGGAAUCCCACCGGACCAGCAGCGAUUGAUUUUCGCCGGGAAACAGCUGGAAGACGGGCGUACUCUGGCCGACUACAACAUCCAGAAGGAGUCGACGCUUCAUCUGGUCCUGCGUCUCCGUGGUGGUGCUAAGAAGAGGAAGAAGAAGACUUACACCAAGCCGAAGAAGAUCAAGCAUAAGCAUAAGAAGGUUAAGCUCGCUGUUCUUCAGUUUUACAAAAUCGAUGGAUCUGGGAAAGUUCAGCGUCUGAGGAAAGAGUGCCCUAACGCAACUUGUGGAGCUGGGACUUUCAUGGCGAGUCAUUUUGAUCGCCAUUACUGUGGUAAGUGUGGACUCACCUACGUUUACCAGAAAGAAGGAGGUGACGAAUGAUCUGUUCUAGCAACCGCUAGAUCGUUCUUUCUCAUUCUCUCUAUGAUUCUCUCUUAUCUUUAAAAAACUGCAUUUCUAUUU